AAGAGAAUGCAGUGAAGAUCACUGGCAGCAGAUUUUCUCUAAGAGUUUUGUGAACUUGUAACAUGGAUCGCUGGAAAGGCAGGGUUGCUCUUGUCACUGGAGCUUCAGUGGGAAUCGGAGCUGCAAUCGCAAAGUCUCUUGUCCAGCAUGGCAUGAAGGUGGUUGGCUGUGCCAGAAAUGUGGAGCAAAUUCAGAAAUUGGCAGCAGAAUGUGUCAAUAGUGGAUUCAAUGGCACUCUGAUCCCAUACAAAUGUGAUCUGUCUGUUGAGGACGACAUGUUAUCCAUGUUCUCUUGGAUCAAAGUUCAACAUCAGGGCAUUGACGUGUGCAUUAAUAAUGCUGGUUUGGCUCUCCCAGAGCCUCUACUGAGCGGCAAAACCAGUGGCUGGAGGACUAUAAUGGAUGUGAAUGUCAUUGCCCUGUCAGUGUGCACCCGUGAGGCUUACCAGUCCAUGAAAGAAAGAAAAGUUGAUGAUGGUCAUAUCAUUAACAUCAACAGUAUUUGUGGACACCGGGUCGUCAACCGUGCUGAUGCACACUUCUACACUGCCAGCAAAUAUGCAGUGACGGCUCUCACAGAAGGUUUGAGGCAAGAGUUACGAGAGGCCAAAACCCACAUACGUGCCACAUGUAUUUCUCCUGGUUUAGUGGAGACAGAAUUUGCCUACCGACUCUUUAGCGAAAACCCAGAAUUAGCUGUUGCUACCUACAAAAGUGUAAAGUGCCUGCAAGCAGUUGACAUCGCAAACGCAGUGGUGUAUGUCCUGAGUGCUCCUCCUCAUGUUCAAAUUGGUGACAUUGAGAUCACGCCAGUGGAGCAGUCCAUGUAACAGAUCAAGCAUAUCGACACCACUGUGACAGUGAUGAAGUACAGAAUUUGAAGUACAAAAAUAAAGAAAUCUAUAAAAUAAUUAUUGUUCAAUUUAAUAGUAAAUUUACAAAUAAUAGUACAUUUACUGGACUACAUUUAUUGUACUU